GUGUGCUGUAAUUUGAAUCAAAAUGUUCUACACUUCGAUUAAGUCGCAGCGCGCAGAGAGAGAGAGAGAGAGGGACAAACCUUUUCGGUUGAGCAACGAUGAAUGCAUGAACAACGAGAACAAUGAGGGCUUGAACAGUGAGCCCUCCUCUACUCCUCCAGACAAAGCAAUCAGCAGCGACUGAGAGUGAGAGUGAAAAAGGGGAAAAGUGGAAGUGGGUAAGGGUUAUGUUUUUUUUGUUGUUUUUAUAUAUUUGGAUAAAUGUGUUAAACGGGUAAUAAAUGGGUAGGUCAGGUUCGGGUCAAAUUAUAUUAACUUGUUUAAAAUAUACGGGGGUUGAUCUAAUUUCGACAUGAACCCAACUUGCUUUUUUUUCGUGUUUAUACGUGUUGACUUGUUUAAAACAUCCAUUGACCCAUUUAAUUUCGUGUUCGACCCAUUUAUUUCGUGUUCGGUUCAUGUCGUGUUAACGUGUCGUGUCAAAAAUUGACAGUCCUACUAUUGAACUUGUGCUCAAAAUGCUAAGCCGUUCGUGCAGAUGUCAACUAAAAUUUGGAAUGAUCACGCGGUCUAUUAGAAUAACCAUAUUUUUGAAGUUUUGGUCCCAUUUUUGUAAUUAAAGUGUCGUUCUCUUGUUUAGUGAGUGUAUCAUGGCAAGCCGUUUAUAUGUAUAAGGAUGUUAAGGACUACACUUGUUUUAUGGAUUUUACUGGGCGGGUUUGGAAAUGUUAAAUGGUAGAAAUUUUACUUUACUUCUGAAUUUUUUAGCUCUAGGUUCUGUUAAUGCAGCUACUGAAUCUGGUCUGAGGAGUAAACCAAUGGAUCCUUGUACACCAAAAGGAUAUACACAGGACAUGGAGUCAUGGAAACUGUCUCCUAGCUCUUUGGCUGAAAAGAACAAAUACUUAUCUACCCUGCAUCCCAGUGGUAACUUCUCAGAGUGCAGAUCUGCUUCAUUAAUGCUGCUGCAAAAUGGCAAAGAGAAAUGCUCCUAUCAGCACUGCUAUAUAGGAUCAACAUUCAUACCCAAGCUUCAGGGAAAGUUUUUAGCCACUGAAAAUUUCUUCUAUACAUCAAAGUUCUUUGGGUUGGUCCCGAAAGGAUUUCUUUAUGAUCUAAUGGUGGCUGGACAACAAUUCUGUGAGGAGGAUUGGUCAAAAUUAAAGAGGAAGCACCACUCACUUCAUGAGGAGGAUUUGCUUCGUUAUUGCUUCUCUUCGGCAUAUAUUGUGGCCCUACUCCAUGACAGUCUUGGAAUUGCUUUGGAUGAUGAAAGGAUUCGAUAUGCUAAUCAAGUGCGAGAUAUCCCACUUGAUUGGGCAUUAGGAGCUUUCAUCCUGCAGACUGCAGCUGACUUGGACAUAGAGCAUUCCAACUGGGUUGCUGCCAUUAUUAGAGAUUACUCUUCUACAUUUCUAGUUCUAUUAGGCUUCUCCCUCAUGUUGAUUUUUAUUGUAUCGUAUGUGUCAAGGAGGAGGAAUCCCCAGUUGAAGACAAUUUAUGAUCUAGAAAAAGGAAAGUAUAUAGUUACACGUGUGAAUAGAUGA